AUGCUAUUCGAUUUCUUCACCCUUCUGUCUCUCGCUUUUGCGGGCAAAGAGAUCUCGCAGGAUGCUCAGACAUCGUUCCAGAUUUCUCCGCUAACAGGUCAUAUCCAACGUACCCUUCCAUCAGGUCGACAGUUCUUACUCAACGUUCCAGAAGGAUACAAACAUGAUGUUGCCCAUCCCUUGGUCCUAGCCUUUCAUGGAGCUGGUGGAUAUUCAUUGAAAAUGGAGAGAAUCACCCAAUUAUCUUAUCCUGAACUUCGGAUUGCCGGGUUACCACUUCUCGCCGUAUAUCCUCAAGGAGUAAAUAACACAAAUUGGAAUAUGACCCACAUCUGGCAAGCUGCUCCGUACGGCAAUAAAUCAGUAGACGAUAUUCAAUUUGUCAAAGAUAUAAUCGCUGAUGUAGAAGCUAAUUAUACGAUUGAUGCAAGAAGAAGAUAUGCAUGUGGUAAAUCGAACGGAGGAGGAUUUACAGCUAGAUUAGCAUGUGAGCCCUCAACUUCAAGUUUAUUCGCUGCUUUCGCACCCGUUUCACCUGCAUUAUAUCAAGAAGCAUAUUCAUUCCAUGGAUGUAAACCAUCAAGACCAGUUCCAAUUUUCCACGCUCAUGGAAUAGAAGAUACCAUUACACCUUUCUACGGUAGGACACCGGAAGAAGGUUCUUUCGGUCCUGAACCUGACGUCAGGAUAUGGAGAGCCAGAUGGGCUCAACGUAAUCUUAAACUUGCAUCAAAAGUCGAUCAACUGAAUAUCAAGACUAAACUUCCUGACGCUGACACUAUUAGUUAUCCACACGUUAAUGCAACGGAAGAGAUUUGGAACAAAGGUAAAGGUCAAUUGGAAAUUAGAGCUUUGUCAAUCGAAGGUUUAGGUCAUGCUUGGCCUAGUACGGAAGGCUUAGAUCUAGCUGGCAGUCCAAACGAAACAGCUACUUUCAAUUUCACCAGUCCUCAUUUGAUAGACUUCUUCUCUACCCAUGAGUUGCCAGUAGAAUACCUGUAG